AUGUCCGAACUUUUAUUGGCUGGUAGUUUAGGGAACAUAGCCAGUGCCAUAUAUUCGCGUUCAUCGUCAUGGGAUCAUUUAAGUGGGAAGGAAGUGCCUAAUAAUUCUUUACGUGUCGCACCUUUCUCCACACUGUUUAGAAAGGUCCGGAGGCCGGCGUCAUCCAACCGAUAUCCACGUGAGAAUUUCACCCCCUAUGCUAAUGUGAAUACAAUAGUAAUUUAUAAGCAACAUAAUAUGUAUUAUACAUUGAAAUACUCAUAUGUUAAUUGA